GAAUCAUCUACUCGAGCUGUUGACGUUUUUUUAUGUUGUUGUAUAUCUCAAAUCAUAAGAAAAUCAACCUUAAAAAAGACCAUGUCUGCUAUUGCCCCGAAGAGAGCUUUUCUCCCUCUCUCCGAGUUCAAACGCGUUGUGCGCGGGCUCGGACUAACACGAGUAAGCGAGCUCAGGGCAUGGCUGAGUUCGCCUCAGCGUCCGGCACUUCUUCCGAAGUAUCCUCAUUACGCGUACAAAACACAUGGUUGGAUUUCUUACUUGGACUCGAUGGGGCGCGAGCCGCGCAUUCGCCGAGUGAGACUCAGCCCGGAUGCACUGAGCAGUGCGCUGACCGAAGCCCGCGAACAGGACCUGUGGAGUGCGAGGUCUGCUAAAGUAAAGCUCGCAGAAGUCGCGAUUCAGUGGACAGAGCGGCUCUUUGCCGACCUCGGUUUUGAGACGCAACGGUUACCACAGCGUCUUCAAGGGAGCCUGCUUGUGAGACAGCGUUUACCGAGUGCAGCUCCGCUUGUUGACGGGAGCGGUCCGGAGGACAAAGCCGUCGCAGAUGAGGACCAGGCUCAAGGCUGGCGGGCAUUGCAAGUGCGGUGUAGCACGUACUCCAAGGCUUCGCGCACUGUGGUAUUGUCACAAAACCACAUGUCUAACAACGUCGGGGUUCUGGUAGUAAAUCACGUAGCGGAAGAGGCGCGAGCGUUGCAUUUAGGGUCCAUCAAGACGCGGCUGACAUCAUCAGCGUCGCGUACCCGGUACUGCUUUACCCUACGAUCGCUCGAGAGUGUCACUACCGAGAACGGACGCAUGGCGUUUCUGAAAGAUAUACAGGAUGUUUUGGCGCGGCUUCGGCCCAUGUCGAGAAGUUCAUGGUUGGCGCAGUUGCCUGGAAGCGCCGCAGCUCUGCAAUGGCAAAGUUUGCACACACAGCUGAUUGAGAAAGUAGUUCUGCCAUCUGGUUUCGAAGACAGUGCGUGCUUGAGUUUUUUCAACACGUACGACUUUCUUGUUGCAGGGCGUAAAUGUGUGAUGCACUCCGGAACGAUUUCGCCAAAGUACGGAAAUUGUCCGCGGAUUGGUUUCAAGCGAACCCGCAGACUCAACGGGGAAGCGCUAUUUUUGCCGCUAGGGAAUGUGGAGGACCUCGACUUUUUGAUAGCUACAUUAUACAAUGAAAAUACAACUCUAGUGGGGCUUUUUGUAUUUCCAAGAAACUAUCUUAUUAAGUGGGGCGUUUGUGCCCACAAUUUUUCUGGUGGCCAAACCAGUAUGUCGUUGUAUCCCUCCGGAUGGAACGCUAGCACCCACCGACCUUCGAGGCGGGAGCAAGCACAAGAGCAGAAACAGUUUUACAUCGACUUGAGCAUAUUAGGCAAUAACGGAAAUGGAAGUCCCCCUCCUGCUGUGCUUGAAAAAUUUCGAAGUCUGAUACUCGCAGAUUACAGCGACAUAUCCGACAAAGCCCCGGAAAUUGGUCUAUGUAGUGAUGAAGACAAAAGUAUGCGAAUGUUUUGCCGGGAAGGGUAAUGAGGCACAGAGCUACCAAUAACA